UCAUUAUAUAAACCCACUCUCAUACGACUUCUUGAAACACUGUGUCUACUUCCUCCUCCAUAUUCCAUAUUCAUCGACAAAUCACACUAGGAAAAAUCAAUCAUCAACGAAAUGAUCGACGAGUCUUUUUUUUCUUCUUCCCCAUCAUCAAUAACUGGUCUUGAAAACAAGAGCACAACAACAAUCUCAUCCGUCCAUUCCGACAUACUCCUAAACAACAUAUUGACUCGUCUUGAUGGUCCAACUCUAGCCUCAACUAGUUGCGCAUCCACAGAACUUUACACACUCUCCACGCAACAAAAACUCUGGUCGGAUAUUUGCCAUGCCGUGUGGCCUUCUACAACUCACCCACAUAUACGCCACAUCAUCUCUUCCUUCCCCGACGGACCUCGUUCCUUCUUCUCCGACGCUUUCCCUCUCCUCGUACCUUCCUCGGACCCUCCAAAACUUCAAAAUUUUCACCGUCAUGAAAUCGAAAUCUGUUCAUCGCCGAGUGAGUUGAUCUCAGCCGUAGACAUUCACUACAAAAAUGAAAUCGUCUACUCCAAAGUCCAGACUACUGAAACUUUAUCAGGUUGGUUCCAGUACUCCCCGUUCCGAAUCGAUCUCCUCGACCCGAAAUUUGUGGUACCAACAGAAAUCCGUUUUGGUAACGAUUCGUGCCGAGAUCUUGCGGAGUGUUUGAAACUGAGUUGGAUCGUAAUAGAUCCAACCGGUCGGAGAGCAGCCAAUUUAUCGAGUGGUGGAGCAGUUUUGGUACAACAGCACUGGUUAACGGGAGAGAUAGAGUUGAAGUUUGCCACUAUCAUGGCGAGCGGAGGUAACCGUGACGAGUUGGCGGAAAGUGAGAUAAUUGUGACUUGCGGCGGAUCACAAGGAGGAGAGUUGCACGUGACAGAAGUGAGCUUGAAAAUGCAGGAUAUGGACGGAAGCAAUUUGAGUGGGAAGGAUAGUUUAGUCAUUCUAAAAAACGGAAUGCUAUGUGGGAAAAGAGUAGCUGCGCAGGAAGAAGCAGGGAAGAAAAGAUACGAAGAGUACUUGAGAAUAAAGAAAGAGAGGGAAGAGAGAAAGUUGAGAAGAGAAGGAAGAUUAGAUGCUAUUUGUAUCGGCAUCGGGAUCCUAGUUUGUUGUGGACUCUGCAUGCUUGCUUGGUUUUGGUAACUGAUCAGUCAUGCACAAAUGCAACUUACCGGCUUAGUUCGAAAAACCUUGGAACGGAUCAGUUUGUUUUUAGUAUCUAGGCCUAGGAUGGUAAUUUUAACUUACCGUGUCAUAAAUGAUGCAGUCGAUCGUCACAAUAGCUUAUGGAAAUUGUUCAUACAAGAAACUAAGAUACUAAUACAGCAAAACGAAAGCGUGUAAAAGUCUUUUUUUCUCAGCUUAUGGGAUAUGUUUUACAUCAAA